CUCCUAGGACUUCAAUUGUAGAAGUGUGCAUCUUGGGUAUGUGGGCAUGUGUGUGUCCAUAUUAUGUAUACAUGUUCUAUCCUUUAUGCAUGUGGGGUGUGUGUGUGUGUGUGUGUGUGUGUGUGUGUGUGUGUGUCUGAGUCUGUGACUCCCUCCUGGGACUUUAAUGACUAAGAUGCGUUCUGUGUAUGUACUUGUACAUCUCUCUGUGUGUGUGUGUGCAUGCCUAUUCCUGUAUUUUAUAUAUCUGUCUUGUGGAAGUCUCAGCAUGUGUUUGGUCAUAUGUGUGUUGACAUGUUCUGUCCUGUACGUAUGAGUGGGGAUGUUGUGUGCAUAUGUUUCUUUGUGAUUGUGUAGGUAUGUGUCGAAGACUGUCUCCUGGGAUUUUAAUAACAGAAGUAUGCAUCUCUCUGUGUGUAUAUUGGUGCAUAUGUGACACUUUGUGCUUCUAUGUGUGUGUGUUGGUGACUGUCUCUUAGAACUCCAGUGAUAGAAGUAUGUGUCUGUGUAUGUGUUUCUGCAUCUGUAUCAUUUUGUGUGUGUGUAUUUAUGUCAAUUCCUAGGGUGAGGCCCCAGCCUCCUGAAGGGUUCUCUUUGAGACUCAUAGAGGACCAGAGACCUAGUUUUUAUAUGCCUCGAGUUAAUGGCAAAGGAAUGCAGCUCCUCUGGGGUGUGCUGGAAUUUUUGUCUCUGGCUGAUCACUCAUCUUGCUUUCUUACCUCACCUCCAUAUCAUCCUUACCCCUUUCCACAUCUCCACCUCUCCACUUGGCCCCACCACUCUGCAAACCCUGAUUCUCCCAUCCCACCAAUUCCUUCUCCCUCCCCCUUCUUCCUUACCCAUCUCUACAACUUCCAUGUCUGCUCCCACCCCCUCUCCCUCAGUCCUGGUCGCAGAGGUCAUCAAGUUUUACUUCCCCAAGAUGGUGGAGAUGCACAAUUAUGUUCCUGCUAACUCUCUCCAGCAGAAGCUGAGCAACUGGGGUCACCUGAACAGGAAGGUGCUGAACAAGUUGAGCUUCUCUGUACCAGAUGACAUGAUGCGCAAGAUCGCACAGUGUGCCCCAGGCGUGGUGGAGCUGGUGCUCAUUCCACUGAGGCAGUGCCUGGAGGAGCAGCAGAGGCGCAGGAAGCAGGGCACCAGCUCCUUACAGGAGCUGGCUCCCCAGGAUGGCACUGACUACAUGGAUGUGGGUUUGUCCCAGAAGGCCCGAGGGGAAGGUGCUCCAGACCCCCAGGGUGGGGGGCAGCUCAGGGUGGGCCGGCUGCCUGUGCCCCGGCCUCUGGGGUAUAGCCAGACGCUACAGGGCGACCGAAGCUUCGUCCUCCAGAUUGCUGAAAAGGAGCAGGAGCUGUUGGCCUCGCAAGAGACUGUGCAGGUCCUGCAGAUGAAGGUGAGACGCUUGGAGCACCUGCUCCAGCUCAAGAACGUGCGCAUUGAAGACCUCUCCCGGCGGCUCCAGCAGGCGGAGCGUAAGCAGCGGUGAGCCAGCUGCUCCAAUGAGCCUCCUGGGACAAGAGCGCCUCCCCUCUCUUGGGGUGUGAGUGAGCAUGGGGGGCGGUGGGACAGGAACCCUCCAAGCUGAGCCCCGUGACUGAGCCACCUCCUUCCACUCCAUUCGGGU